UAAGGAUUGAUAACGCGUGCUAAGCCCAAACGCUAAUUAUGCAUUAUUUGCAAGAUCGACGUGCAAUGUCCUUGUCACGCAGUUAAUAGUGUUUCAAUCGUCACAUUCAUUGUUCGUCGCGCAUUGAUUUUAUAUCGUCAGCUUCGUACUGUCGUUCCGGUUAAUAUGCAACAGUUUGACCACAAACAGUGACGGUGACAGUUUAGAAGAGUGUACGAACGGUGACGACUACAACGACGUGCCCUGACUGACUUCCUGUUGCUAAUAGUUACAGUUGCACGAUGAGCACAUUGUUUGAUCGCAACGAUACAACACUGUCCAUACCGUCGUACCGGCCAGUCAUCAUAGUGCAUGGUUUGAUGACGGGAGAUGUAAGCACAAUGGAACAUUUGGCCGCUCGAAUUACUGAGCUACACCCAGGCACCAAAACAUAUGUCAUAAACAGAUUCUGUGGCUUGGCUAGUUUGGAACCACUGUGGCGGCAAACAAGGCUAUUAGCUGAUGAUUUAUUACAAAUAUGUUCAUUGCAUCCAGAAGGUGUUCAUAUUAUAGGAUAUUCCCAAGGUGGACUCAUUUCCAGAGGCAUGAUUGAAAUGUAUGGUGCUAUCCACAAUGUCAAGACAUUUGUGUCACUUAGCUCACCACAAGGAGGCCAAUUUGGAGCUGAAUGUUUUACAAAAAUGUUUCCAGCGCUCACUGCGCGUACAGCAUAUGAAGUGUUUUACACACGAAUAGGUCAACGUGCUCUGUCAGUCGCCAACUAUUGGUAUGAUCCUCGGCAUCGAGAUCUAUACCUUAAAUACAGUGUGUAUUUAGCAGUUAUUGAUAAUGUCAAAGAAGAAAUUUCCAAAAGUGAUUGUCAACAAAAUACCGAAAUCAAUGAUGAAACAGUAGAAGAAAUAGAAAAGCGUGUUGCUGCUACAUUAGCUGAAGUCUCUGCUGCCACUUUGAAAGUAGCCGAAGGUCAUAAUGAAGAAGACAAUCAUAUAAAUAAUGUUACUACAGCUGAUGCUGAUGUAGCGGAUGUUUCAACUAAUGAUACUAAUAAGGAUGGCAAUAAUACGGAUGGUGACUUGAAUAGUAAUGCUGGUACAAGGAAACUGGGACUUAUACGUCUUCAAAAAUUGGUGCUUAUUGGUGGACCAGACGAUGGGGUUAUAUCGCCAUGGCAAUCAAGUCAAUUUGCUAUAUUGGAUAGCAAUGGUGAAUUGGUACCAAUGCGAGAUCGACGACAAAAUGACAUAUAUAGUGAUGAAGACCCAAUAGGACUACGAGAGCUUGACUUGACCAACCGGUUGAUAGAAUAUACAGUACCAGGAGUUGGUCACCAUGAAUGGCAUUGCAAUGAAAAAAUAUUACAAGAGUGUAUAAUUAAUUGGUUAGAUUAACACAUAAACAAGUACAGUGUUGACUAGUAAAAUAUUAAUCAACCACAGUAAUAACGGAUUUUAUAAUAAUCAUUAUUUUUGGUGGAAUAUUUUUGUAAACAUGUGUAACGGUUACUGAAGUAUUUAGUAUACAAUCUUCCAAAAUAAGUUCUAAAAACCAAUGUGUCUAUCACUUCAAUUUUUUUUUUUUUAUUAAAUUAUACAAUAUAUAAAUACUAGUAGACUGAACAUAUAAAAUGAUUCAU